GCUGUUUUUCUCAGUGUUUACACACACACACACACACGGCUUCAUUGUAGUCGUCGUCGACAGUUUGUUGACAUCGAAUAUUUUUUUUUCAAAAUUUUCUUUGAAUCAAAAUAAAAAAAAAUGAAUGAAUGAAUGAAUGAAUUUGUUCCAUCAUCAUUAAUAAAUGAACGUUUCACAUACAUUUGAUUUAUAUCUAUAAAUUUAUGUUUUUUUUUUCAUCUUCAAUCCAUUCAAUAUCAUCACCACAAUAAUAAAUAUCAAAAGGUCAGAAUAAAAAAGAAAACGUGAAAUUGAUCAUCGUUGUUAAAUGUGAAACGGUUGAAACGAAAACAAACGAACGAAAGAAAGAAAAAAAAAUGAAUGAUUGGCGUCGAGCAAUUCGAACACCUAUUUCAUAUUCAAUACCUGGUUCUAGUUCGAAUCUUGUUCGGCAACAGACAAAUUUUGUAUCAUUUGUAAUCAUUUCUGGUGCAUUUGUUUUAUUGAUACUUUAUGCAUACAUGCCACCAAGUAAUCAUGAUACGAUUGAAGCAUUAAAUGAUGAACAUGGCCAUUGGCAUGAAAAAUUAAUUGCCUGUGAUUGUCUUUUGUCCAAUGGUCAUCAAAGACAUAAUGUUGAUAAUAAUAAUUUAUUUAUCUAUAAUCGAACCUAUCCAAUGACUGCAAUUGAAACAAUGAAUGAUGGACGUUUACGUUAUCAUAUUGCCGUUGUUGCUGAUUUGGAUAAAAAAUCACGAUCAUUGGCCAAAUCAAACACCUAUUUAUCAUAUAUACUAAAUGGUCAACUUGUAUUCGAUCCACAUACACAUAAUGUUGAAGUGGAAUUUGAACCAAAUGAAAUAGAAUUAAGCUCACAAUUUUCUUCUGGUGGUCGUGGAAUGGAAUUAUCGGAAUUAGUUGUUUUUAAUGGUAAACUUUAUACUUGUGAUGAUCGAACUGGUAUUGUAUUUGAAAUUCGUGAUUCUUUAAUGUUACCAUGGAUUAUUCUUCCCAAUGGAAAUGGCCAUAGCACUGGUAAUGGAUUCAAAUGUGAAUGGAUGACGGUUAAAGAUGAUCAUCUUUAUGUUGGCAGUUUAGGCAAAGAAUGGACUUCACCGAAUGGUGAUAAAAUUUUUAAUUAUGAUCCACAAUAUGUUAAAAAAAUUUCUGCAUUUGGUCAUGUUGAACAUUUGGAUUGGAGACUACGUUAUAUUGAAUUACGAAGAGCAGCCGGUAUUGAAGCACCCGGUUAUCUAGUACAUGAAGCAGCCGUAUGGAGUAUGGAAAAAAAACAAUGGUAUUUUCUACCACGUCGUGCUUCUCAUCAACCAUAUGAUGAUUCAUUGGAUGAACAACGUGGUACAAAUAUUUUUUUAAUAGCUGAUGAUAAUUUCACCAUGGUCAACAAAAAUCAUUCAAUUGGUCCAUUAAUAAAAACGCAUGGAUUUUCAUCAAUGAAAUUAUUACCAUUACCAGAGGAAAUUAAACUCAGCCCAUCGGGUACAGAAAUUGUCAUUGCAAUCAAAUCGGAAGAAGAUGCUAAUACUGUCGCCACAUAUUUAAUGGUAUUUCGUCUACCAGAUGGACAUUUACUAUUGCCAGAAAUGAAAAUAAGUACCAAACAUAAAUAUGAAGGAAUUGAAUUUGUUUGAAAUUAAGUUAUUAUAGGAAUUUAUUUUG